AAAAUACCACCUUAAUAAUGGUGGCUCGAUGCUCUUGUUAGGAUUUAGGAGUAACAAAGUUCCACACAAAACUCCACAAAACAGAAGCCACCUUCUUUGAUUCAACGAGUUAACUCUCAGUAUUCAAAAACCUUUUCUUUUUUUCUUUCUUCCUAUUUAAACCAUACCCUUUGUUUUGAUUUUGAUCCCUCUUCCAGAAUCUAGAUCCAGAAGAAUCUGCUGAAGAAGAUGGAUAGUAACGAUUGGGUACUCCUUUCUGAUGAUGGCUCCCUUGAUGGUGGUGAUGAGAAUCAGAUUUUCCUGGGAAAAUCAAACCCAGAAUCAAAAAGUGAUUUUGACAUGAAUUACUUCUACUGCACCUCACCAAAAUCAAGGGAUUCUUCCACAACCACAACACAACUUCUCCAUGAUGAUCCAAUUCUAUUAUUUGUACCCCAUAUUGGGAACAAAGUAGAAAACACUGAGGAUGAUGAUCAUGUUGGAGACAACUCAGCAGACACCACCUCUGAGAAAAUCAAAGGAGCUGUUGUUGUGGAAGCUGAUCAACAAGAAACUGUUGACACUGUUUCUGUUUCACAGUUUCUCUUGCAGCUGGAAAAUAAUUUUGCCGACAUGAAAAUGGAUUCUCCAAAGUCCAGUCCUACAGUACUGUUUCCUCCUCCUCUUGAUGAUGCAGGUGCUAUGAAAUCUGAGGACAAAGGUGAGGCUAUGGAGGUUAUGGUCUCUCCUAGAAUGAAGGUUGAGAAUGAAAUGACUACCAUGGACUGUGUCAGAGAAGAGGGGGACCACACUGAUGGUUUCAAUUUCUGGAAGUGGAGCUUGACAGGGGUUGGAGCUAUCUGUUCUUUUGGUGUUGCUGCUGCCACAAUCUGUGUGCUGGUUUUUGGAAGCAAGCAAAGGAACAAAUUCCACCAGAACCAUAAGAUUCAGUUCCAGAUCUACACUGAUGACAAGAGGAUUAAGCAAGUGGUACAGCAAGCAACCAAAUUGAAUAAAGCAAUUGCGGCAACAAGGGGUAUUCCACUGAGCAGAGCUCACAUAACAUAUGGUGGUUUCUAUGAAGCUCUUUGAGGAAAUGAUUUCGUGCCUUCAUGGAACAUUUGGAUUCCACAACCUAUGGCUAGGGACACCAUCUUCUACUGUAUCGUCUACCAUAUGGUUUUGUAAAUAAAAAUAUGAUGGAUGGUGUAUUGUAAAUUGAAUCCCAGAUUAGGGGCUCUUUUAUUAUUAUUAAUUUGUCCUUUUGGGUUUGAAGGAUUAAAAAAAGUUUGUCUGGUAGUUGCCCCAAGUUAUGGAGCAAUUGUUUUUAGUUUGUUUUCUUGGUCAUCAAGUUAUGGAGCAAUUGUUAAAUGAAAGGUUAUUUUUUAUAAAGAAA